AUGGCGACAGAGCUUGCCCAGCUGCAGGCUCAGCUGCAAUCGACCUUUGCCGCCCCGUCUGCUGUGCGCAUUACCCAGUCGAAUGCGGUGGAGCUUGUGCAACGACUCAAAGAGCUCCAACUGGUUGACGUGCUGUUUACCCGCGAUGGCUCGGCGUUCGUGACCCCGCAGCAUCUGGAAGAUGAGGUCGCCGACGAAGUGGCACUGGCCGGCCGUGUCCGUAUCGCUGAGGUCGCCGACACGCUUUUGGUCGAGUACGUCGAGGUCGAGGCCGCGGUCCGCCGGCGCCUGGCCCGCAACCCUACAGCGCUGGUUCUGGUUGGUGACGAGAUCUUGCAUCCGCCGUAUCUCGAGGAGUUGAUGUCCGAGGUACUGGAUGAGGCGAUCGCUCAUGGCGUGCUUCCGCUCGCUACGGCCGUUGUCCGCGUCGCGCUUCCAUCAAGCUUUCUCCGGCAGCAGCUUGAGGCCCUGGUCUCGCGCGACUCGCGGCUCGUUCUUCUCGACGCCGCCCUCUACUCGCAGGUCUUUCUCGACCGUAUCAUGGCCCGGGUCCGUGGCCGGCUCCGCGCCGCGCUGCUUCCGACUCGACUCAACGUAGUGCUUGCUGCGAGUGGAGCCGAGGGCCACGCUGAGCGAAUCGAGGCUCUGGUGGCCCGCGAGGCCGGCUCCGGCAAGCUCGACGGGACGCUCGCUGGCUCGGGCGUUGCUGCCACAUGGGUGCCGGAUGUGUACACCCAAGCGCGGGUCGACGCCGUCGAGCGCCAGCUCGAGGUCAACUCGGUCGUCCUCUACUCGGUCCUUGCCGAGUGCGGGUUUGACGGCGGCGCGGCCUUUGCGCAUGCGCGGUGGGGCGAGUCAGGCGUGGCGCUCGAGUCUGUCUUUGUCGCUUCGUCGCACCUCGACGUAGUCGACGCCAUUGCAGGCGCUGCGCUGGCGCCCGAUGGCCCGGGCUUUGUCUCGCUCCGCUCUGCGCUGCACCCGGACAUUGGACCAGACGACACUGCGCUUGUGCUCGAGCGCGGUUUGCUGCCGUGCCUCGGUGGCGACGUUCAGGUGCUCGACGAGCGCGGGGCGGCGGUGGCGAUCGCAGGACGGCUGAUGGAGGUGCUGAGGGCUGCAGUGUCGGACGCGGUCGAGACCGCUCUGGAGGCUGGCGCGUACGAGUCAGUCUUUCUCGCGCUGGUCCAGCUCGAGGAGGGCAAGGCUGGAGCGCGGAGCAAGCGCGGGCGGUCCGACCACGCGUCUGCCGCCGCCAAAGGUCUGGUAGCUGAGCUGACUCUUCCUGUCGACGCCGUCGAGGCUGCUGUGUCGACGGCGAGCCCGGAGCUAGGCCGCGAGGCUGAGUGCCUUGACGCGGUCACCGCCGCGCUUGUGGGUGAGUCCAAGGCGAUGAUUGCGGGAGCGCUGCGGAGCGCCCUCGAGCGGCGGUCGGUCCUCCGCGCAGCGGCGCCCGAGUUCAGCGGUGGUUCGAGCGAGCCGAGCCCUGAGCAGGCGAUGGUCUCCGAGGUCGCGGGCGAGCUCGAGGUUUAUGCGGCCGGAGUGCGGUACGUGGCCGAGCUGGCUUCGGGAGCGUCGACAUCGCCCGGCGUCGCGCACGCUCUUGAGGCGCAUGUCCUCAAGACAGUUGCACUGCCGCUGGUGGACGCGCUGGUAGCGUCGGCACUUGCGGCGACCGGCAGCGAGCUGCCGCAGCCUGUCACCGCGAGCAAGCGCAAGAAAGCAAUCAAGACGCUGACCGAGCCGCCGCGCGACACAUUACUGGCGCUGGUCAAGGCCGGCACACCGGGUAAGGCCGCCAAGAGUCCCGAGGCCCAGGCUGCGCUCGAGGCGCAUCCGGCCGGCGAGCGGAUCGACAAGUUCCUGGCAGCGCUGAUGGCGGCGGCACCGGUCCUCGAUCUCGCGCUAGAGGCGGGCUCGUGCGCCGAGCCGAGCGCCCAGGACGGCCGGCGGCAGGCGCACAUGGCGGUGGUGGCGGACGCACUGGGCGCUGCCACCGAUCCGGCCGACGCGCUCCAGCUAGUCCUUGUCUACCUCUUUGCCAGCGACCACCACGCGUUGGUCAACGUCGCCGGGCGCGACGUCGGGCGGAUGGUGAGCCUCUACACAAGCGUGGCCGACAGCGCGGAACAGCUGGCACGGGCCGAGCUCCUCACCUCGCUCUACGACGUCACCUACGAGUGGCUGAUCGGGCGGCGGGCGGACGCUGCGCUCGGAGCGCGGGCCGUCGAGCUUGUUCGCGACAUGGGGCUUCUGCUUGGCGUGACCGCCGAACGAUAA